AUGCUUAUUUACAUUUUGUACCAUCAAUUGAAAGCGUCAGGUGAAAAUGGAUCGGGUGUUUAUUUAUUAACUAAUUCCAUUGUAAGUUUAUUGACACUACUAUACGCAUUAUUUUUUCGAAUUAGUCAUGUACGACAAUCAAGAACAAAUCAAAUUGAAAUAAAACUAAAUCGUGUACUAUGUAAAUCAUUACCCUAUAUAUUAAAUGCAUUAUCACGUACUAGUCCAUGGCUAUUAGCAUAUGUCGCUGGUGAACGUGCUCUAGUAGCAUUAUUUAUCACAAAUAAAUAUAUUAACAAAAUAAAAUCGCCAUUAAGCGCUUGUAUAUUUUCUCUAUUAUUAAUUGUAUGUACAUGUGCCACUUCGUCACCAUUAAUUACACAACAUGAUAUAAUAAUAGAUCCAUCCGAUGAUAAUUCCGUAUGGUGUGUUCAAACACAUCGAUUUGAUUCAUAUGAAAUACUUUUAUCAUUUUUUGUUUAUAUUGGUCCAUUUAUUAUCAAUUGUGUUUGUGCAAUAGUAAUUAUAAUACAAAUUACACGAAUCAAAGCAAAUGUAAGACUUAUGAAACGUUCAACAAUGCUAAUUUAUCAAUUAAAACAACGUCAAGAAUUAAUUAUUAGCCCAUUUGUUUGUUUACUAUGCGAAUUACCCCAAGUUUUCAUUGUACUAUUUGUUAAUUCUUGUCAACAAUAUCAACAAAAUGUAUUUCGCUAUGGUCUAUUAACCAUCUAUUAUAUUUCAUAUUUUCCACAAGCAAUAUCAUUUCCUUUCUAUGUUAUUAUGUCACCAUUAUUUAAAAGAGAAUUUUCCAAAACAAACAUUGGCAAACAUUUAAUCUCAAAAAAUACAACAACACUUUCAGCAUCCUCGCAUCCAAAAUCAUCUAAACGUACCGAAACAAAGAAACAAAAUGAUCAAAUUAAGACAAAAAACAUUUUGACACAUAAAAGCAAGAACGAAAAGUGCAGGAAAGAAGGGAUACAUCCAUUCCUUAAAAGAUUUUCUUUUAUCACCAUUAAAAGACGUUAA